UAGGGCGACACGGCAUAACGCAAAAGAACUAGCUAGCCAAAUAAUUUUAGCGUCGCAAAUUGGCUUAAUCGAUUGCUUUUGGUCCAAUACGUAAAAAUGCCAAAAUUUGUUUGGGUCGGAUAAGAUAAAAUUGGGUUAGGUCACAUUAAAGUUUUGUACACAUGUCUAUGGCAUGUCGUUCACCAUCGACCAUCGCACGACAGGUCUGACGAUUUGAAAGGAAAUCAACGGCAGCGCCGUCUGACGAUGAGCCUGGCCCGCCCUUCCUCGACUUUCUGAUAUUCUACGCCGCAACUAUAAAGAUAUACACAUUUACAGUGUUUUUUUGUCUCUAUAUCCACGAAACGGCCAAUACGUUAGUGCGAGUAGGCCCACAGGUCUAAUUGUUGUGCUAAUAGAGGGGCACUAUGCACCAUCCACUAUCGAUCACUAUCGUCUUGGGCCAAUAUUAUGAAAAGGUCAAACAAUCGAAUUAUUUAUAUGAAUUUCACUCUGAACCACUCAAUAUUGUACACAAUUGCCUUGGACAAUGACUAUUUACAUUUCCUGAACAGAGUCCACAGCAAAGAUAAAUUAUCAUGAUUGCAAUGAACCAAAAUAUAAAAAAAGUAAUGCAUAUAAUGAUCGGCUCCCAUAUGCCACCAACGAACCAGUAUGGCAGGAAGUGGCAGGACCUCAGUUGGGGCCCGUGUGCAGGACCAGCCGAGCCGAUGGGGCAUUAUUGUCGUCGUUGCCGCCCACAUGAACUUGGCGCUGAUGGAAGGUUGUCUGCGUACUUGCAGUGUCUUCUAUCUGAACUGGAGGAGCGAGUUUGACACAAACGCCAAGGAGACUGCGGCCAUCUCCAGUAUCAUGACCUCUGUCUCCUGCUUCAGUAUGUUUUUUGCCGGUGUGUUGAUCCAACGCUGUGGUUGCAAGCUGGUCGGUAUUAUAGGAGGAGUGUUGGCAACGCUCGGUAUGUUAUGCAGCGUCUGGGUGCACAACAUCUCCCAGUUGUACCUCACAGCCAUUGUAGCAGGUGUUGGUCUUGGAAUCACUACGAACACCGCCCUGGUCGCAGUUGCCCUGCACUUCAAGAAGGGAUACAAGACAGCCAACGCUCUUGCUUACUCUGGUUGCGGUACGGGGAAGAUGGCAGCGCCGCCAUUAAUCCAGCUUGUCUUGGACAGUUUCGGCUUAAGAGGGGCGGUGCUGAUUGUCUCCGCAAUCAUGGCAAACAUCGUAGUAUUCAGCGCACUUUUUCGGAAACCUCGCACAGAUUGGAAAUCAGGACCGGAUCACAGAGCAAUUAUUGAUCAACUCACGGAGAGGCAGGAGGCGGAUUUUCAAACCGUACAUGCAAAUGGUUUAGCUGAGAUGGCUUCGGAAAGCGAUGGUACAUCGGACGAUUCGGAUGCUACGGUGAACCAUGAGACACAUGCCGAAGAAGGCCAAUCAAAUGUCUACACUACUCACAAUAUCAGCCGCCAUGCAUCGAAAUUCAAACUCAAUCCCAUUCGGAAAAUGUGGUCGCGGCUGGGACUCAGCGUUUUUCGGAAGAGCUACCGCUUUAGCCUGCUGUGUCUUCUUGCAUUCAUAUCCACGAUUCCUUAUUUUGGAGCCGAUCUGUUCAUCAUUCCCCGCGCGGAGAGUAUUGGCGUGGCGCUCUCUAGUGCCGCCUUUUUGCUCAGUCUGAACGGCAUCGGUGGCUUGCUGGGUCGUCUUGUCAACGGACUGUUCAUCAGUUGCAAGUUGUCUGCUGAGAUCGUCUGCUCCAUCUGUGCGGCUGGGGCAGGUGUCUCAGUACUCCUCCUCAACGCUGAUAACUACGUUUGUUUGUCUGUCGCUUCCUUCCUCCUGGGCUUGUUUACUGGUGUCUUUUACGCGGUUGCAAUUGUCCUGAUACGACGCUAUGUUGGUUGCAAACGAUUUUCCGUUUGUCUAGGUAUCUACUACGCCUUUGUUGGCGCUGGAGGAUUGUUUGGACCAGUAGCAGCAGGUUGGGUGUUUGAUAUUUCAUACAGCUACAAGACGGUCUUCUACGUGUUGGCAGGUGUUGACUUCAUCUGCUGCAUUCUGAUGUUUCUCUUUCCUGUACUGAAGCGAGUCGAGCCAGGAAUUGAUGAUCAUCAAACCAAUGAAGUGAACUAACUGAAUUGUAUGGAGUGCUAAAAAAAAGUGUAAUCAAUUAGACAGCUUUGUAUGCGAGAACUAUAUACCGCAAUAUCACUAUUUUUACCAAAGGUCAAUGAGUUCCAUGAUGCCAGAAAUUUCCGGCUUCACUAACGCAGAGUUCGAGAUGAUUUGUGGAGAAAAGAUGGGUUCCCAGUUUAGAAUGCUGAGCUGGAAUGAUGAAUAUAAAAACCACUUUUGAAUGGAUUCCACUUUUGGUGACCAUUGAAGAGCACUAUUGACAAAGAGAGCAUUUUUGUGUGUGUUGAAUCUGCAGGGAUAUCAGCCUUUGUAAUACUAGCGGUGGCGAGUCAUGUUUGUUUAGUCUUUACAUGUAAAAAAAAAAAAUAAAUCAUGAGUGGCCAUAAUUUGUUAACAAAAUACAUGAACAAAUUAACUAUGACAUUGUUUCAGUCGAUCCCCUGUGGUGAAAUUUAUAAGGACAAGAGUAUUCAGAGACGGGAAAGUUUGUGGUGCUCUAAUGAAAGCCACUUAACUUUUAAAGUGGAGUCGAGUCAUUAGUUUGGUUUACACGUGUUUUUAUUAAUGUGUUGUCGACUCGAGUUGACUGCAAAUAGGUCAUAAUUGAGACUUUUAGAUGAGACUGAGAUUCCGGAUCAGAUGCGUUCGAAAUACUUUUCUUUCAAUUCUUUCAAUGUGAAUACUGACUUCAGUUUCUUUCAUUCACCUAAUUUGAGAAAAAAAUAGGAUAACCAGGACGCCCUUAUUUGCAGACUUGUAAAGGUCAUCAAUUCCUAUAGCUUACUCAUCAUUGUCCAAAUUUAAUUCUUUUAGGCCUAUAUUAAAAACGUUGUGGAUGCAUGUUUUUUUCCUCAAUAGUUUGUACCUUGAAAUGAACUGCCCAUAACUACUCAUAUUUAGACACAUGGAUAAAUCUAACGUGAGAUACAAGAACAUCGAGUAAUAACAAUAUGGU